AUGCUACUUCUUUCAGUUGGGUUUGGUGAAAGUAGUAUCGAUUCAUGCCCCACCUCUUGCAGUUGCGGUGUAAUUGAGACCCAUGGACUAAUAGUCAACUGCAGUUCGAGGCAUCUCAUAACUGUGCCAGAUCUUCCAUUUACAACAGUGAAGCUUUAUUUGCAAAACAAUUUCAUGACUACUGUUCCACCAGGAGCUUUGGAUCAUUUGGUUAGCCUCCAAGAAGUUGAUGUCUCUGGGAACCCUUGGAAUUGUGACUGCAGCAUCCUUUACCUGAAAGCGUGGUUUGAUUCCCAACCUGUGCAGAGAAACCCUGCAAAGGUGCAAUGUGCAACUCCACACUCUGCAUCCAUGAAGGCUUUCCAAGACCUGACAGGGAAUGAAAUACCUAGGUGUGGAAGACCAUGGCCAAUCAAAUGCAAAAGAUUCUUUGUGCGGGACUUGUACAUAAAUGGACUUGCAGUGGUGGUCCUGAUCUUCAUGUCCUAUAUAGCACGGAUGGCCCGGAAACUAUCUUGUCGUGUUGCAGUCUCAACUCGUUCAUUCCAAAAGACAUCUAUGAAAGAAAACUCCAAAUCUAAAUAG